AUGUCGAAGCGAGUACGCGGAGGAUCGGCGGGUAACAAGUUUAGGAUGUCUCUGGGUCUUCCAGUGGCUGCGACGGUGAAUUGCACCGACAACACCGGGGUAAAGAACCUUUACAUCAUUUCAGUGAAGGGAAUGAAAGGUAGGCUCAACCGUCUCCCUUCUGAUUGCGUCGAUGACAUGGUUAUGGGCACCGUCAAGAAGGUUAAGCCCGAUCUCAAUCAGAAAGAAGGUCAUGCCCGCAGUCAUUGUCCGCUAGCGCAAGCCAUGGCGCCGAAAGAACGUCCCAUUGGAAAGGAGUGUGAUGAUCUUUGGCCUCGGAUUGCAAGUGCUGCCAAUGCGAUUGUUUAA